CAGGCCUCCCUGUUUUCUCUGUAGCUGGUGGUGUCGUAUAUAAGACUUGACUCCUUCUCUGACGCCACUACUUCUUACAAAUUCAAAAAAAGCCAUCAACUCAAUCUAUCACUUCAAUCUUCAUCAUCACACGCAGCGUCAAAGUCUCGUAUCUAGCUGCUUCACCUACCAUCAUAUACAUCUAUAAUCUACAUCACACCGACAAAAUGUCGUUCCUCGCACGCUCUGCCCAGCCGCUUCGCCAGGUCAUCCGCACCCCGAUUGCGACCCGUGCAUUCACCGUCUCGGCGCUGAGACAGAAGGGGCCAGUUGAGGCGGCAAAGGAUGCAUUGAAGACUGUUGACAGGAAAGUGAGCGAUAAGCUCGUCGGAGGCAUUAAAGUCGGCGAAACGGUAGCAGAAAAAACCAAACAGGCAACAGGGCUGAAGGGACAUAAAGCGAAGCAGGAAUUCGAAGAGGAUCUGUAUGAUGAGGAGGGAGAGGUGAAGGCUAAGGUUAAUGAGGCGAUUGGGGAGGCGAAGGGGAAGGCUAGUGAGUUGGCGGGGGAGGCGAAGGGGAAGGUUAGGGAGGCGGAGGGGAAGGUUAGGGGGAAGUUUUAG